GUUCGAGCGCGGUCGCAUUCUGGCAACUCCGGCAACUGGACAUGAUACCGCAGCACACAACGCCGACCUCGACGACGCCGAUGGCCACGGUGGCGAUGGAAGGCCUCACGCCGCUCUCGGAGCACCACGUGACCCCGAUUCUAGACGCGCCGCCGCUGCCGCGUUCGCUGCGCUUUGGGACGCUGCGCUUCGUCGACCACCGCCGAUGGCACUAUGGCAUCAUGUGUGUGCUCGCGCUCGACUUUUUCGGUAACUGCAUUGCUGUUUCCUUUACGUCCAAAGACUCGUUCAUCGAGUAUGCGGCGGCCACGCGGCUUGCGUCGGGUGCCUGCAUGGUGGUCUACGCCGUCGACAUGCUCUUGCGGAUCGUUGCGCUGCGCGGUGCGAUGACGCGGUCGGGCUUUCUCGUUGCGGAUACGCUGGCGUUUCUCUUGCUAUGCGUGGGCUUGGCGCUUCGGUACGUCUUUGCCGACGAUCUCGCUACGCUCAAGAUCGUCGCGAACGGCUGGACCACCAAGUUUGAGACCAACACCAAGUUUGUGUCCAACCAGAUCGAGCUGUACUUCGACACGGCGUAUGCGGUCGUCGUGGCCGCGCGUAUUGUGCUCAAGCCGCGCGCCCGCAUGUUCUCCAAGAAGCUCCACACGAUUAGCAAGUACAGCUGCAGCAUGGCCAUUUCGAUCGCGUCUGUCAAGGCCGCGCUGCGCCGUGUGCCCACCAUCACUGCGGUGGUGAUCGAGCAGCUCGACACGGAGCUGCGCAUUGUAUGUGGCCGGGACGACGGCGACAUGACGCGCGCCGAGCUAUUGGCGUUUCUCGAACGGGCGCUGCCGUGCCGGCCUCGGCACAUGACCGCCUCGACGUUCUUGAGCCACCUCCGCGACAUUGAUGCCCGCGCCAAUGGCUCGGCGUAUUGUGCCUACGACGUGGUCCGGUCGACGCUGCAGCACUGGUCGACACAGUCGGUCGACUUGGCGCUGACAACGUUCGUCGUGCUCGUGUCGGCGUCGAUUUUGCCGCUGCUCGCGUAUUUCUUAAAGCUGUGCACCGACCAAGGGUUUCCCGCGAGCGUCUGGGUCUACGCGCUGCACAACUUUGACGACUUUGGGCUGGACCAAGGGCUGAGCGUCCACGCAAGCUUCAAGUGGAAGAAUCAAACGUCCAACGACAAUGGCACGCUCGUGGACCUGCCGUUUCUGCCGUGGCACAGCCUGCUCGAAGGUGUCAUUGGCAUCCUUGGGAUUAGCAUUCCGUUCGUUGUCGCCGACUACGCAAUGGGGUAUUUUCAAUCGAAAAUGAUUGCAAAUGCGACCAAGCGCCUCCAGGACACGCUCUUUCACGUGCUGUUGCGGCAGCCGACGACGUUUUUUGCCGACCGAUCCGACGGCGACCUCAACAACCUCUUCCAGUCGGACAUUGCGCGCGUCAAUGCCAUGUGGCAAGCGGUGUUUUGGAAUCUCAUGAACCCGAUCGUGUCGAUUGUUGUUGGCUUUGUCUACCUCAUGUACUCGGAGCCGACGGUUGGCGCCAUGUCGUUUGCCUUCUCGGCCAUCAUCGUCACAUCCGGGCCUCAAGGCCUCGCGGCGCGCAAAUCGCAGCACUUUGGGUCGCUCAGUGCGUACACAGCUGCCGAGUUCCAGAACGCUGUCGCGUGUCAUAAAGUGGUGCGGGCGUACCAUAUCCAGGACCCGCUGUUGACCAAAUUUGGCGCCACCAUUGGCGUCCUCCGGCGUACGCAAUUCUCAAAGGAUUUUUGGAGCGGCGUGGUCCAGAUCUACAUCGAGUCGGGCAUGUUUAUCUUUGUCCAAAUUAUGACUGCGUGCCUUGUCAUCAAGGUAUUCCACGGUGACAUAACAUCGGGCGACUUUUUCUCGUGUGUCACGAUGCUCAACCGCAUCUCGACGCCCGUGACGAUCCUCGGCGGCUUUAUGCGCGUCGCGAUCGGCAACGCGUCGAGUCUCCAGCGCCUCGACGAGAUCGUGCGCGAUGCGGCCGUAACGGCGGCGGCUUCCGAAGCCGACGAUGCUGCAAAGCCAGCGCUGCCCCGCAUGACGCACAACAUGACGCUGACCGACGUGUGCUUUCGGUACGAUGCCAACGCCCCCGAGAACGUGCUCCAGCAUGUGAACGCGACCUUCCACAAGGGCGAGUAUACGUGCAUUGUGGGUCCAAGUGGCUGCGGCAAGAGCACGCUCCUCGGCUGCCUCGUGCAGUUUUACGUCCCGACCGAAGGCACCAUCUGUGUGGAUCAACACGUGGUCGCAUCCUACUCGCAAGCGAGCUUCAGCGACCAGACGGCGGUCGUGUUCCAGGACGGCGGGAUCCUCAACGGCUCGAUCCUCGACAACAUUGCCUAUGGUCGGGACGGCGCGACCCGUGACAUGUGUUUGGAAGCUGCCAAGUUGGCCGAGUGCCACGUCUUUGUGGUCGGUCUCAAGGACGGCUACGACACGAUCAUAGGGCAGCACGCGGUCGUCAACCUCAGUGGCGGCCAGAUCCAGCGCAUUUGUCUGGCCCGCGCGCUCGUGCGGCAGCCGAGUCUGCUCUUGCUCGACGAAGCCACGAGUGCGUUGGACCCGGAGACCGAAGCCAGCAUUGUCCAGACGCUCGAGAAGCUCGCCAAGCAGCUGCACAUGACGAUCAUUUCGGUCACUCAUCGCCUGUCGACAGCGCGCCACGCCGACAAGAUUCUCGUCAUGCAAAAUGGCGCGGUUGUCCAAGAGGGCACGUACCACGAACUGCUCAUGGCACCCAACUCGGUGUUUGCGGAGCUCGUGCGCAAGAUGGAGGCGACCGACGAGCGCGCGCCGAGCGUCCAUUUCCGAACGCUCGACGGUCCUCGCACGACAGCCACCUUUGAUACACACCGCGCACUCGAGCUAUUUGGCUCAGACUUAGACGCGCGCGCGGUGUCGCGGAAGCGGUCGGAGAAUGGGUCGGCACUCGAUGGUCGACGACACACGACCCGGUCGUCCAAGGGUGACAACGGCAGCUUUCUUCUCAUCUAGCGGCAACUAUAACAUGAACUACGUUUUAUCAAUCAAUCAAUCAAUCUAUCAAUCAAUCAAUCUAUCA